AUGCCAGUGUGGAGGCCUGGUAAAGGCCAACGCUCAUUUUUGCGGACAGUGUGGAUCUCCGUGGUCCUACUCUGCCCCGUCGGGCCGGACCCCCUGGAACAACAAGUGGCAGGUGGUUCCAAGGGCAAAAUGCCACGUUCGCCGCGGCGCAGACCUGGCAAGGAAGGCAAAGAUGGUGGCAAGGGUCAGCCCAAGGGACAGACGCCCAAGGCCACGCCUACACCGAGUGCACCAUCGACCACGAGCUUGCCCAAACCACCUGCGCCGGCCCCACCUGCGGUGCCGAAAGAGCCAGCUACAGCUCAGAACAGUGGGGGAAGUGUGGAUUCAACACUUCAGACCCUGCUGGCGGCGCUCAGUCAGAGCAGAGACGACCUCCCGCAGAAUGUGCGAGACAUGAUCGAUACACACGCCGCUGCGGAUCACAAAGCUCACGCCAAGAGCAUGCAUCGUCUGGUGGCAUUGCAGAGCUCCGCACGGAGAGAGUUGGCGGCUACCAGAGCUUCCCGGCAAGACUACAUCAAGGAAUGGUGUGGAUACGUCGAAGGCCUCUGCAAGCUAUGGGAACAGCAUGUAGAGGAAAAGGCUCUGACUCUUUCCAAGUUCGAGGAGGCCGAGCAGCAAUGGGAACGUCAACUGAGCGAAGCUACUCAACAGUUGGCGAGUUUGGCAGUGGAAGCCCCUGCAGAGGGGAGCGAGGCUAUCGAUGUCGACGCCAUGGACGAGCAGGAGGCCAUGGUGGACGAAGCGGCUCGCCAAGAGGUGAAGCAGCAAAUGGUCCUUCAGAAGAUGAAAGAGACAGAACAGCGUGUUUCCGAAGGCCUACGGGAGGCUUGCCAAUCGGCCGUCCAACAGGCCGCCGAGCUAAUGGGCGACAGGGAAAGGUCGCCACGGAGGCGGUCAGGCAUUGGGGCCACCGCCAACAAAAGCAAGCAAACUGCUGUGGACACCGCUGUCAAAGCCGAGGGCGCAGGGGAGAAAGAGAAACCUCCCCCUCCCUAG